AUUAAAGAUUCGAUUCCGGCCCAGCCCUGGCUCGCAGAACAUGAUGGCAGGGAUGGAGCUGGCACCCUUCAGGCCGUGGGGGGAUUUUUUCCCCGGUUUUGACCGCUUCUCCAGACCCGAGGUGUCUGAUUUAAGCAGGUGGAAUAACAGAGUGAUCAGCAAUCUGCUUUAUUAUCAGACCAACUACUUCGCAGCCGCUCUCGUUGUAAUUCUGAUUGUCGGGUUCAUGAACCCUCUGGGCAUGUUUCUUGGUGGGGCGGUUGUGGCGCUGGUCUUCAUGGGCUCAGUGUGGGCAGGAGAGAAUAAAGCUAUGAUCAAGAACUUCAAGAAGAGAAAUCCCACCUUGUUUGUUGUGGGUGUCCUGGGAAUCAGCUACUUCCUGUUGUCCUUGUGUGGAGGAGUGAUGGUGUUUCUCUUUGGUAUCACAUUCCCCAUGCUCUUGAUCCUCAUCCACGCUUCUCUGAGACUUCGCAGCAUGAAGAACAAGUUGGAGAACAAGAUCGAGGGCGUUGGCCUGAAGAAGACGCCCAUGGGAGUCAUACUGGAUCUCCUGGAUCAACAAGAAGAGAAAAUCAACAAAAUCCAGGAUUUCCUGGAGAGUAAGCUGAAAGAUUGAGCAUGAAACGCCUCCGUGUCCACUACAUGCCACCACUCUUUCUUCUUGAGUUGUUUUGUGUUUCACAGCCAAAUACCAAAAUGGAAAUAUCUUUUAAAUGCCAAAGUAUGACUAAGUUCCCGACGUGUACAUGUCUGUCACAUCACAAGGAACUGAUGACAAUGCUGUUUUUAGUUCUUGCUAGUAUGAGUCUGUCAAACGCUAGCUUCCAUUGAAAUUGUCUAUUUUUUUGUUUUUAUACACGAUGUAUUAAGAUAAAAGUGUAUGCUUUGUAAAGCUUGAAUGGAUUUCUAUAGACAGAGUCACUGAAAGCACUUUGAAAUAUUGUAGAUUCGGUCAUACCUUAUUGUUCCCCUGUGGUGAAACGAUCAUCGUUCUUCUACUGCACAAAUUUGUAAUAGUAAUGAAAUGUUUUCAUUUGAGCUGAAAUGAUAUAUGAUUGAGGAGUGUGUACUGCAUGGUUUGUUUCUGUUUCUCUUUUUUUGGCUAACGCAAGCUCUGCAGUGAACAAACAUCUACACGCUUCUGAAAUCAAUGCACAAAAUACGGUUUGUUUGCUGUUUUGAAUAGAUCUAAUAAAGGUGGAAUGUGGAAACGUG